GGUUUAUAGGUAACAAAUGUGUCAAAGCCUUUGACCACCAGCAAAUGGAUAAUGGACAGAAACCUUACAACAGUGAAGAAUGUGGCAAGACUUUUCCAUUGUGCUCAACACUUACUCAACAUGAAGUAACUCACACUGGAGAGAAGCCGNACGAAUGGAAGGAAUGUGGCAAUGUCCUUAACCAGCUCUCAACCCUUACAGAAGACCAGAGAAUUCAUACUGGAGAGAAACUUUACCAAUGUAAAGAAUGUGGCAAGGCCUUUAACAAGCUCUCAGUCCUUAGUAGACAUCACAAAAUUCAUACUCAAGAAAAACCUUACCAGUGUAAAGAAUGUGGCAAGGCAUUUCACUGGUCCUCAGACCUUAUUCCACAUCACCGAAUCCAUACUGGAGAGAAACCUUACCAAUGUAAUGAAUGUGGCAAGGCCUUUAACAAGCACUCAGUCCUUACUCGACAUCACAGAAUUCAUACUGGAGAGAAACCAUACCAGUGUAAAGAAUGUGGCAAGGCCUUUACCCACUACUCAGCCCUUAGUAGACAUCACAGAACUCAUACUGGAGGAAAACCUUACAAAUGUCAACAAUGUGGCAAGGCCUUUAACUUGCCCUCAGAACUUAUUCCACAUCACAGAAUCCAUAUAGGGGAGAAACCUUACCAAUGUAAAGAAUGUGGCAAAGCUUUUAACUGGCCCUCAGGCCUUAAUCGACAUCACAGAACCCAUACUGGAGAGAAACCUUACCAAUGCAAAGAAUGUGGCAAGGCCUUUCCCUGGCCCUCAGCCCUUAGUAAACAUCACAGAAUUCAUACUGGAGAGAAACCUUACCAAUGUAAAGCAUGUGGCAAGAACUUUAUGUACCUCUCAACCUUUACAGAACAUCGCAGAACUCAUACUGGAGUCAAACCUUACAAAUGUAAAGAAUGUGGCAAAACCUUUUACCGCCAGUCAAGCCUUACUGAACAUCAGAGAAUUCAUACUGGGGAGAAACCUUACCAAUGUAAGGAAUGUGGCAAGGCCUUUAGGUUCCUUUCAACCUUUACAGAUCAUCGCAAAACUCAUACUGGAGCGCCACCUUACAAAUGUGACGGAUGUGGCAAAACUUUUUACCGCCACAGAAGCCUUACUGAACAUUAUCGUAUCCAUACUGGAGAGAAACCUUACCAAUGUAAAGAAUGUGGCAAGUCCUUUACCCACCGCUCAAACCUUACUGAACAUCACAAAAUCCAUAUUGGAGAGAAACCUUACCAAUGUCAAGAAUGUGGCAAGUCCUUUCAAGGGCACUCACACCUUACACGACAUCAGAGAAUUCAUACUGGAGAGAAACCUUACAAAUGUAAAGACUGUGGCAAGGCCUUUAACCAGCACGCAUCCCUGACUCAACAUCUCAGGAUUCAUACUGGAGAGAAACCUUACCAAUGUAAAGAAUGUGGCAAGGCCUUUAGGCACUUCUCAACUCUGACUGGACAUCAGAGAAUUCAUACUGGAGAGAGACCUUACGAAUGUAAAGAAUGUGGAAAGGCCUUUAACUGGCACUCCUCCCUGACUGAGCAUCACAGAACAGCCACACAUCCUGCCACAGCUCAGGGAAUGUGGGCUUCACUGACCUGCCCCUUGCAAGUCCACACCGAACAGACUAUCAUCAUCUCUUCAACCAAAAGCCAGAUGCAGCCCUCCCGAAUACUUCUGGGAAUCCUCGUGCUUCCCCUGGCGUCCCCUGAGGAUCACCUGAAGCUCAUAGAUAAAGCAGCACUGAUGCACUCAUCUUGA